AUGAGCCAACCAAUUACUCUCUAUGGCCACAGAGGCGGCCCAAACCCAUGGAAGGUGGCCAUUAUUCUUGAGGAGCUCAAGGUUCCAUAUAUCAACAAGUUUAUGGAAAUGGCCGACCUCAAAAAAGAGCCCUUCGAAACAAUCAACCCCAACGGCCGCGUCCCCGCCAUCACCGACCCAAACACCGACGUUACACUUUGGGAAUCCGGCGCUAUAAUCGAAUAUCUAAUUGAUACCUACGACCACACCGCCGCACUAACCUACACCUCAUCCCCAGAGCGCUACCAAGUAAAACAAUGGCUGCACUUCCAAAUGUCCGGCCAAGGUCCCUACUACGGACAAGCAGCUUGGUUUACCAAAUUCCACGCCGAGAAGAUAGAUAGCGCCAUUGAGAGAUAUCUCGAGCAAAUCAAGAGAGUGCUCUAUGUUCUGGACAAACAUUUGAACGGAAAAGAAUGGUUAGUGGGUGAUAAGUGCACUUUUGCAGAUUUGUCGUUUGUUCCAUGGGAUAUGGCUAUCCCGUGGAUUUUCGGCGAUCGAGUUGGAGAAUUGGAGAUUGAGAAGAAUUAUCCGCAUUAUUUUGCGUGGAAUAAGAGAUUGAUGGAGAGACCUUCUGUGCAGAAGAUUGUUAAAGAUAAGGCGGCUGCUACGAGUGGUCAUUAG